AUGCCACGUGGCCGAGGUUCCCUGUUUGAGACUACUCACCACCACGACUCCAGUCUCUCACUCGCACUGCCAAAUCUCAUUGGGAUGGAAGGCAACAAUCCCAAAGUCACUUUUGAACUGGAGAAUGCCGCACUCUUUCAUAUAAUGCAGCACGGUUUUUUUCAAGAAUAUGCCGUAUCAUCACGUCCGCGAAUAACGAAUCUUUGCGGUGCACCGCAGUGGAUGGCCCGUUUUUGGCAAACCUCCGCUUUACCUGCCGUUAAGUGGUUGCCCACAAACAGAACCUGUGAUCGAACGCAAUCGAUUCCGCAAGCACUCAGCUCCAGUCACAGACGCCUUAAGAAGUUCGUCAAUGGAAUCCUUACUGCACCGGACCAAAAAGGUCGCACAACAUAG